CUUCAAUCCCCCCCAAAUUAGACGGAUGGUGAGUGAGCUUCCUGAUGCCCGUAUAAUCGACCAAACAACUCUGCCUCCAUGCGUUGGACAGGCUGGGGGCCAUCGCGAAUUUCUCCCAUCAUGUCAGUACCUGGUGGAAAGUCAAACUCGAACGAUGGGGUGAAGGAGCUUUCUGUGGUACUCCCAAGCAUCCGGUGUGAAGCUUUGGAUCCUGUAUAUACUUCCCAGAGCACGUGGGAAGAGAUGUUCUGUUUCCCAGUAAAUUCCACCCGCUCACGCGUGCUUGAACAUUGACCUGGGCAGUGAUAACGCACCGACCAUCUCGCUGGCUAACUUGGUCAGACAACUUGACUGCUUUUAUCAACUGCUAUGGUUGUUAUCGUCACAGGGAUUCUCUUUCCGUCGAGGAAGAGAUUAACAGUUCGUGGGACGUCUUCUCUGUAGCUUCGUUUGGCACUCAGGGGGCACGCAUGGAGCGACGCUGGGCGCUAGUGAUUAUUUGGGCUCUUGGCUUGCCCAGCGGUAGGAAUAUAACGGCCAUGUUGAAUCGAUGGAGUGAUAGCUCACAGAGGUACUUAGAGCCGUGCAACCGAGGCUCGAAUCACCCCCUUGACGAGGUAAUCAUAGGGUUUAACAGGUCUAGAAGCUGUACGGCUGUGGGAUUCCCUGAGGCACGUAGACCGCAUUGAGUCUUAUUGAGUGUAGCUGGAAAUUAGACCCAGAGAUUCAGGAUAGGAGACCUCGCUCAGACUACCCUUUUAAAUAUGGCGGUCUUUCAGGCCAGCAUUGGGAAAUUUAUAGAGAUAGUUGAGAAGGGGGUGAAGAAGCAAGCAGAGGAAUGGCAAGUUGAAUUCUACCAUCUGCUUCUGUGCAUAGAGUUAAGUUUCUGGGCAUAUCAUGUAUCGGGUCGUCAAUAGGAUCUCGGU